UCGCCUGCGGCUUUUUUUGUUUUAUUUAAUUGAUUGUCACGUUUGUUGGUUCGGACCCGUCUUCCAGCCUUAAGACAGCCGGACCGCCACCCCUUUCACCCGGGAGCUUGUCGCGUGUCAAGUUUGUUGACAACUCUUUUGACGAGAGCAUCUAUAGCUUAGUUACCCAAGCUUAGCUUAGCCUAGCUGGGUUGUUUUCAGUUUCGCUCCGGUGAUGCGCGAAGGGAUAUGGGCCUUGCGUGAACGUUUUCCGCCGCCGUCGCACCGCCGUUAAUCAUUAACGCAACCCGGGAUUGCUUAGUAAGCUGAGCCCGGUGUGUCGGACAAACUCCGGCUCCGACGUUUCGAGAUAAACGACAAAACGGUUAGCCCGGAGCUAACGGCGGCGACCCAGCCGACCAGCUCGCUCGUUCGAUAGGAAUCGGACAGCCGAGCGGCGUGCAAUGGCCAGCGACACUGAAACAGGAUUUAGUUGGCGGGCCAACGGGGACAGCGCACCAGGCCCGGGGCCCGACCCCGACGACUGCCGAGGAGGGACGACUAUGAAGACCCUGGCGCGGCUGUGUAGUAGGGACGAAGAGGAACGGGCGGCGGCUCUCGAGGAGCUCAGCCAAGGGGUUCUGGUAUGUCUGGGUCUGGACCGGCCUGGUUCGACGCGGCUGGGCAAGGAGACGCUUCUGCAUCUGCUGCGGCUGGCCCGGUCCUGUCCGUUGCGGGAGGUGCGAUCCAGGGCCACCGAGCUGUUGCGGGCCGCACAGGAGCAAGGAGUUGAAGUUCCUCGCGCCCUGGCCUCGGGUCCCAGUGCCUUUAUUCCUGCCAAACAGAUCUUAAAAGAUGGUCCGGACCAGGACAUCCUGAUCGAGUCGUUCCUGUCUCUGGGCCGCGUGGACCACGUCACCAUGGUGAUGGCACUGCACCCCGCCUACCUCAGCUGCUUUCUGAGGACCCAGCAUGCUUUGCUGGAGAUGGACGGCCCCCUGCCUCGCCACUGGAGACACUACAUCGCCAUCAUGGCCGCCGCCCGCCACCACUGCUCCUACGUGGUACAGCAGCACAGCGCCAGCUUCUUGGAAGCCGGCGGCGACGAGAGCUGGCUGAGUGGGCUGCAGAAUGCCCCGCCCAAACUCAGAGGUCUCAGCCCCCUCAACAAACUGCUGGCCCACAGACCCUGGCUCAUCACACAGCUGCACAUCCAGGAGCUUGUCUAUCCGGGCGCCGAGCUGCGCUGGUCACUGGCCGAGCUGAUCCACGCCGUCAUCCUGAUGACGCACGCCCACGCGCUCUGCUCCUUCGUGUGGGGCUGCGGCAUCAACCCCGAGCCGGAUCACGCAGGCGGCCACACCUUCCGGCCGCCGUCGCCCGGCCACCCCACCCGCAGCCCUCAAAGCCCGGCGAAUGAGGACAGCCGGCAGGAGCUGGUAGAUGGUGCAGUGGAAGUGGAAGUACUGAUGAAGAGGAUGGUCGAGCUGCAGGAACAGCAGGAGGAAGAGUGUACACAGGAGGAGAUGGUCACACGCUUCGAGAGGGAGCGAAGCGAGAGUAUCCCCACCGCUUUGGUGCGAGGCGCGCCACCCGAGAGGCUCCUUCACCUCAUGGAGGACCCGGAUUUCAGAUACGAGGACUUUGCACCCAGAGGAGAGCAGGCUCCGCCCACCAUGAGAGCUCAGGACUACUCGUGGGAGGACCACGGCUACUCGCUGGUUAACAGGCUGCUGCCGGACAUGGGACAGCUGCUUGACGAGAAAUUCCAGGUGGUGAGCAACCUGACGUACCACCGGAUGGCCAUGCACGAGGGUGUGGACACGCACACGCUGAGGAAAGCCCUGUGGAACUACAUCCACUGUCUCUACGGGAUACGGUAUGACGACUACGACUACGGCAGCGUCAACGUGCUGCUGGAGCGCUCCCUUAAAGUGUUCAUCAAGACCAUGGCCUGCCAUCCCGAGCAGACCACGGGGCACAUCUACCACGCCUUCUGGAGGCACUUCAGGCACUCGGAGAAGGUGCACGCCAACCUGAUCGUGUUGGAGGCUCGCCUGCAAGCAGCGCUGUUGUACACGCUGCGAGCCAUCACUCACUACAUGAGAUGACCAUCACCAUCACCACGUUUGCCGAUGCUGUGUGUUUGUGUUGUUCUUUCCCACCAUGGCCUCCUUCCAACCAAAUGUUUUGCCCACACAGCCGAUGCUUGUAUUUGCAUAUCUUUUUGCAUAUCUUUUUUUUUAAAGAAAGAUGAGAAAACCUUUAUUUGUCUCACAAUGGAAACAUUCCCAAUUUACAGAAGCAAAAUUCUGAAAGGGAGAAAGUAGAAGACAAAAAGUAUAUAAAUCCAGUGUUCAGCGUGUCUGAGCGGCAUGCGCCGAUUCAUAUUUAACAUGUUUGUUUUUUUUGCACCAAAAGUAUCCACGCCAUUCAUUUGGCCAGUUGCGACUACUCAUCAGGUGUUUGUUGUUUAAUUUAUUACGGGUUUUGUUUAUGUUGUCCCUACGACUACUUUACACUCCCUCCUCCACCGGUGUCCUUAAGCGCACUUUGAGGGCCGAGAGUAAGAAAAUGACAAAAAGCUUGUAUUUUUCUAUUCAAUAAAUUGAGUUGACACGAAAAAAAA